UCCUUUUUCUUAAUCCUGCUCAGUAUAAUAGAAUCAGGAACAGCAACCCUCAAAUCUAACAAAGAACUCUUCGAGGUCAUCAACAUAAAGAGAACAAAGCUCUUUGGGUUGGAGACAAGGGAAGUCAGGCUCAACUUCCUUCCUUCCAUUAGACUUUCCUGUGCCGAAAAUGCCAAGUGAGACAUUCAACAUCUGUAAUCUCUUCGUCAUCGAGGAUCUUACUCUCUACAGCAUUCUCUUUUCAGGUUUCUCAUUAGAUUCCCCCCGAACAACAUCUUGAUCACCUUGCAGAACACAGAACUUGGUAUCGCAUUUUCAUAAUCAUGAAAUUUAUCUGGUUGACUACCCUGGUGAUUCUUCUCCAGGCCUCAGCCACCAUAUCACUGGCUCUCCCGUCCUCCGCUCCUGGGUCAAGAGAUCAGUCUGGCUAUACCUCAGAACUUGCAAAGCGUCGCGGUGGGGGAGGAGGGGGAGGUCGUGCAGGGGGCAGCAGUAGUGGGGGAGGCAGUGGUGGCCGCACCGGUAGUAGCGGAGGGAGCAGCAGUGGAAGCAGUGGAGGUAGUGGAAGUGGUUCGAGGACUGGUUCCUCGACCAACGUUGGAGGCUCAACUCGCAGCGGUUCAGGGAGACAACCAGCCUACGGGGGCGGCAAAUAUUAUGCUGGCGGCGCGACCGCUCCCUAUACUUCGGGUUCUCGAUCGCGAACGGGCAUCACGCCCUAUCUGUUGCCUGCGACUGGUCUGGCGUUCUUCGGGUUCUGGGCAUACAACGUAUACGCCUAUCCAUACCCCCAUCAUUACUAUUAUGUGAAUCAGUCCUCGCACCGCAAUGAGUCCAUGCCCGUGGUCUGUCUAUGCCAACAGUACCUGGAAUGUGGCUGUGAUGACAACUCCAAUUCCACUUACUAUGAGUCGCUGUUUAACGGUAGCCAACCAACGAACACAAGCAUCACGCGGGUUGCCAAUGUGAAUGGCACCGACUCGAUCUAUAUCAAUGGUACUUUACCCAAUGGGACCACCGUCGCCGAUUCCUCUGCCUCAUCCGCCGCCGCAGCUGGACCAACAAGCCAAGUGAGCCUUGCCAUCGGGUACUGGACCAUCGUUGCGUUGGUGGUGGGCCAGGUGUGGGCUUUGUGAUGAGGGGUUUUGCUUUUGUUUAUCCAGUCUCUUGUUAUAGAUCUACUCCGUAGAAUACCCCUUCUCUUGUUUGCAACUACUAAGUACUUUUCU